CUCGAGCUUGAAGCACUCACACGAGCGGACGUGGAUAUGGAACUUUACUUUCAAGCACUGCAAUGUGUCUUUGAUGUGAUGGGAACAUCAGAGAACGGUCUUGAUAUAAUCCUUUACUACAUCAGCAAGCUUCAGGACUUUCCAGAGAUGCACUUUCAGGCACUGAAGCGGCUUCUGAGAGCGAAGAUCGCCGAUUCGAGUCCAGAUUGCCAGGAUCAGAUACUUGAGCAUGUCCUUGUCAGACUUGUCAGUGUCCUGACAGGUUCACAUUUUCCUUCCCAAGCGAGCCUGCAGCAUUUCAGAGAGCUUGCGGAGCAUCUGAAGCAUCACAAGCAAGCAGUCAGCGAAGAUGCGCAACAGGGAUGCCUGAUGAUGACAUGGAGAUACAUAAACCGAGCCAUAUCCGACCAAGAUGUACUAUCCGCGCAACAAUGGUGCCUUUUCAUGCUCGAACAGCCUGUCAUAUCACUAUCAUCUAAUAAUAAGGCUAAGUUGUUCAGAAAACUUCUUCUUUGUGCUUCCGAUGAACUGAGCAUAGCCGCAGCGGAUACUAUUUUCAACCGACUGCCUGAAGAAUGCAAAACUUGUCCGCCAACAUUAUAUUUAAUGUACAAGUUGGCUCUACGAGACAGUGUAUCGACUUCUGGUUCUGUGUACCUUCAAUCACUGUUCAAAUCCACGAAGGAGUCAAUAUAUAUCAUUGCCUGUAUAGCGGAGGCAUUUCGACAUGGAAAGAUAAACCAUGCAAGGCAAUGCAUCCAGCAGAUUCUGUUGAAUGAGAAGGACAAUCGCUUCAAUAAGAAGCCUGGUCGAUUGCUACAGUCUAUGAUCCUUUACUUCGUCACGGAGCUCGAUGUCUGCGAUCACAUGGAUGAACAAAUAGCUGAUGCAAUCAUAUCUGUCUUUGAACUAGCACUAAAAAUCAAUCUCAACCAGAUGCAAGCAGACACCUUGAGCAUCAGCGAAUUAAAAUGGCUGGCAAAGAAGAGCUACAACACCGCGCUGAGGAUGAGCGACUCGACACAAACGGAACGUGUUCUGAACCUCAUCGAACUAUCUAUUAAGUUCACAACUCUACAUGGACAACAGACCCCUCUCAGCAACUUGAACAACCACUACCUUCUCUGCGAGUUUUUCAAAACAGCCAAGCACAUCUCUAUUGCACGCCAGACCUCAAACCCGACAUGCAUGCAGACAAUCCACUACAGCGCAGCCCAUGAAUCCAGCUGCGCCUUCCAAGCCAACAUUAACUAUCUUCAUCACCUCUCAAGCUCCAACCCAAGCCCAGCCCGCAACAACCCCUCUCCCACCCCCAACGCAUGUCCAGAACCAAAUCCAAAUCCAACCGCCACCCCAUCAUCCACAAACUCAGCCAGCCAAUCAACCUGGCUGACCAAAUACCGCAUCGUCCUCGCCCUCGACCUAGAAGCCUCCCUCCACCUCACGAAUGACAACAACAGCGCGGGCAACGACAAAUGGGCCCACAUAACCCAGCUCAUCGAACUCUCCUCCCCAAUUCUCGACCACACCCUAAUCUCAAUCUACCUCGAUACGCUCCUCCGCGCCGAAUCACCCCUCACAUACAUCGUCCAAACGAUCAGGCACCUAAUCCGGACAAUCCACACCUCCCCAUCCCCCUACCUAGACCACCCAACCCUCAACACCAACCUCCCCCGCUACCUGCGUGUGCUGUACCAGCUUUCCCUCGAGACCAAGGACCCUUCAACCGCAGAAUCAGUGCUCGACCAGGUCGUGGUCCUCAUCCGGGACUGGAAAACGAAAUACCCAGCCGAGGAACUGCGGUGGAUGGCGUCGGUGGCGUUCAACCGGGCGGUGGAUUUCUACCUGGUGGCGGAGGAAGGGGCGUGUCGACGGUGGGCGGGGAAGGCGAUUGCGGUGGCGGAACUGAUGGCCGGGGAGGAUGGCGGUGCGUUGGGGCGGUCUUUGCGGGGUCGAUUUGGGAAGUUGAGUGUUGGGCUCGGGGAGGAGGGAUGAAUCGCCGCAGGGUCGGGGGGUGUGUUGUCACGGUGGAUGGGUUCAUGGCAGGAGCAAUGGAUCCAAAGUGGGUGCGUAAGGCUGGUCUACGGUUCAGUAUGCUUGCGAUGGGAGGAGAUUAUGGUAUUGAGGACGGAGGAGGACGACACGAUCAUACGCUAAAGGCGUGAGCAUGUUAACAGAAUAAGAUUUGUCAUAGGCUCGGUCCGCUAGGGUAUUAUUUUGAGCUUAGCUAACAGAGCCAGGAAAGAGCAAUAGUAAGUAAGGUUGAUAGUGCCAGAGGGC